AUGUUCUUCGAGGCAGACGUGUACCUGACAUCUAUAUCAUCCGUCAACUAUUCUGGUCGGCCUUUCGUCCGUUCAAAUAGAAGCAGGACGAAAUGCGGUUCUGGUUCCCUCUUCGCUCCCAAUCCUUUCGCUAUGCUCGUCCCCUUGUCCCUCCUUUCUUGCCUUGCUUUCUUGCUGCGGGACGUGGCUGCUGCUGCCACUAAGUCGUCGAAGAGAGGGUUGGCAUAUGCUGCUGACAAUAAAGCAGACAUCCUCAAAGCAAAUAAUACGGCCAGCGUAGUGAGCUGGGUAUACAACUGGGCGCUCAAUCCACCCGACUAUCUUGCCAACUCAGGCAUCGAAUAUAUUCCGAUGCAAUGGGGCGCUGAAGGGAUUGAAAACCUCGCGGUCACCGUCAAGGGUCUUGGCGCGAAGACAAUCUUAGGGUUUAACGAGCCUGAUUUCGCCGAGCAAUCGAAUAUGAACGCAACCUUCGCUGCUCAAUUAUGGAUGCAAUAUAUCGAGCCGUUAAAAGCGGAUGGUGUCCGACUCGGAGGACCAGCGGUCUCGUCUGGUGCGUCUGGCCGUCCCUGGCUAGACGAGUUUAUGAAGGCAUGCUCUAAAUGCACCAUUGAUUUCAUUCCUUUCCAUUGGUAUGGUGAAGGAACGGGCGGCUUCACGGAUUACCUUUACCAGCUCCAUGGCCAAUAUCCCAAUCACACACUUUGGGUCACGGAAUAUGCUGAAACUGCCAAUAAUGAUACGCUCGUUCUCAACACUCUCAACUCAACCAUUACGAUGCUCGAUGGGCUAGACUGGGUUGAGAGGUAUGCCUGGUUCGGAUAUUUCCGACCCAAGGACGGCUCACACUACAAUCUUUUGGAUGUAAAUGGAAACUUGAACGCCGCUGGACAAGUUUAUGUCGAUUCCGCGAAAAAGGUAGUAAGCGCGCUACCGAAUCCUACAGGUUCGGGGACUGGCGUUGCGCCGAUCAAUACCGCUGGGGGUUAUACCACGGUCUACCCCGCUAGCGAUACAGGGUUGACUCCAGCAUUUGCUACCCCGACAGGAAGUGGUGCUAUCCGGGUAGUCGGUUCACUGGGUUACUUCCCCUCCUUCCUUUCUCUUUGUUUUGCUAUUCUGGUCGGCGGGGGUGCAUUGUGGUAG